AUGGAGAGGCUGUCAGGAAAGAAAGAGGCGCACGAGGACCCAACACGUGUUGUGGCGCCUCCGUCUGCACCUCUUCCUGAUUUGGUGGCGCAAAGCGCGGAUGACGAUAGAGAUGUUGACCCCAUUGAGAUCGCUGACGUUGACAUGACGGAACCUUUCCUCACAGAACCGCACAGCUGUGACGUGCCUGCGGGGGCAGCGGGCGUCUUGAGGAGCGGGGAGGAGAUGCCCCCAUGCUUGUCAGCGCCGUACAUGGAGGCGCUGCUGAACACAGACCCCCGGAUUUCCUUUCUUGCGCUGCACAUUGGGGCCCUUCACGCCAUCGAGGCGCGGGAGGAGAUGAACUGCCUCCAUUACGACUACCUCCCCUGGUGUGUCCCUUCCACCGAGUUCAUGGAGCAUCCGCCGAGUGGAGGCGCGCCCUUCUUCACAGUCCCGUUGAUGCACCCGUCGGUGCGCACUCGACUGCCACUCGAGCGUGGCGAUUGCGAGGUGGAUGAGUUGCUCUCACACCCCACCAGAGAAGCACUAACUGCGGCCAUCGGGGCUGACAUGCUUGAGCAUCUUCGCUUCAGUCGCAACGUUGCUGUGAUGCGACGACGGCGCUCCAAGCGGGCGGCAGCGGCAGGCGGCAAGGGUUAA